AUGAACAAACUGUCUGGGAACAAUUCGACGGUGAUGAACAGCUCCUUAACCAAGUGGUCAUUCAACGAUGGCGGCUCUUUUCAACAUUUGGACCCCAGCGAGCUGAGGGUCCUGGUGCCGGCCAUCCUGGGUAUCAUUUGUGUCCUGGGCUUGGCAUGUAAUUUAACCGCCAUGGCCAUCUUGUUCUCCAACGCCCACAAGGGCAAACUGUCCCUCAUCAACUCCCUCAUCUUCAACUUGAUGUUCGCCGACAGCCUGGUGCUGCUCUUUACCGUGCCCUUUCGGGCCGCCUCCUACUCCAGAGCCAGCUGGACUCUGGGCUGGGUGGUGUGCAAGACAUCCAACUGGUUCUUUCACUCGUGCCUGGCGGCCAAGAGCUUCACGGUGGCCGUCAUGGCAAAAGCCUGCUACCGCUACGUGUCCAACCCCACCAAGCAGGUGAGCAUCCACUUUGGUUCCAUCCUCGUGGUGUUCUUUUUCAUCUGGCUGUCGGCUUGCAGCGUCCCCAUCCCUCACUGGCUCUUUGCUACCCUGCAACGAGGGCUCCACGGGCUCAUGUGUGUGCUGCAGGUCCCCCCUGAAGCAUGGGGGUUCAUGUUUGUGUACAUAAAGGCAUACCCACUGGGAGUGUACUGUGCCCCCCUCAGCUUUUCCCUGCUGUACAUCUGGAAGGCUUACAGCCAGUGCCAGCGCCGCUCCAGUAAGACUCAGAAUCUGCGCACACAGAUCAGGUCCAGGAAGCUCACCUUGAUGCUCUUCAACCUCACCGUAGCCACUGCCAUCCUCUGGCUUCCACAGUGGGUGGUGUGGGUUUGGGAGCGCCUCUCGGCAGACGGAGCGACAGGAGGCUCGCAGAACUUCAUCUCACCUCCUCCUGUUCUCAUCGCCCUCUCGGCACAGCUGCUCACCUUCUCGCUGUCGCUCAUCAACCCCCUCAUCGUGGUCUGCCUCUCCGAGGAGUUCCGAGAGGGCUACCGCGGGCUGUGGAGGCGCCUCACCCUGCGCAAGCAUCCUCCCUCCAAGCCCGGACCUCACAAACCCACCUCGCUUCAGUCACCUUGUCCCAGACCAGAGACCUCUGGCCAGCAGAGGAGUGAGAGGAGCAUUGGAUCAUCAAGCACCAAGCCGGAAACCAGCAGAGAUACCCAGCCGGAGCAAGGCGCAGUGAGAGGAGGAGGCGAUGUCGACAAAGAUGGGCUCAUCCUGCCCGACGUGGAGCAGUUCUGGCACGAGAGGGAGUCCGGAUCACAUUUGGAUGAAAAUGACCCAGUGCCGUGGGACCAUCAGGACCACCACGAGAGAAAUUAA